GCAUACCUCAGUUUAUUCUUUGUAGAUACAGUUAUGAUUUAUAUAAUUUUUCCUUAUUCAUAUUUAUUGUAAAAAGUUGACGAAAUAUGUAUAAAAGUGAUUUAUUGACAGUUUUUUAGAAUGAACAUGGAAUUGUUAAUCAUUUCAUAAAAAUCUCAGUAAUUAUUAAAUUCAAAAAAACAAUUAGUGUAAAUAUUUUUUAAAAAAUGUGAUUUUUAUGUAAAAAAAAAAGUUGUGUUUAUCUAUGAAAAAAGAAAAUAGAUAAGAAAAAAAUUGCUAAUUAAAAUGCAAAUCAUUAAAAGAGUGAUAUUUUUACUUUUUCUUUCUCUUACGUGUAUUUGGUGUCGUUGCAUUCAACAAGUUCCGUUUAAGAACAAUUUAGUAGUUAAUGAUAGAAAUGAAAUCGAAAAUAAAAAUAUAAAAACAUCUCAAAUUGUGCAAAAUUUGAACAUAGAAAAAGGGAUUCUCAGCAGUAAAACAGUUGAUAAUAUGUUAGAAAAAGUAUUAUUAGAAAUCAUGACCGGCAAUUUGACUAAAAGUGACAUUGAAUUAUUGAAAAGUUUAAACUACAGUUCAAAAGAAAUUUAUGAUUUUCGAAAGCAGAAAAAUGGAAGAAAAAUGUAUAGAAGGCAAAAAAGUAAAAUACUUAAUUUAAAUAGAAUACACAAUUUAAAUGAGACAUUAUUUCUUCUAACAAAAAGCUCAUCAGUAGAUUCCAGAUUUAACGACAGUAAAGAAAGUGAAUUUGAAGAAUAUAAUAAACAAGCUGUUUAUGAUUAUGAAAAUAUGAAUGCAGAAUUCGACAUUGAAGAAUACGAAAAAGAAAAAUCAUCUUUAAAUGAAGUAAUAAAAACACUGCAUUUAUCGAAACGUAAAUAAAAUUAUGAUAAAAAACUCUUGGAAUGAUAUUAGUUUAUCUCUCAUCUCGCAUGAAUUAAGUAAAGAAAAUUAUUUUCGAGAGGUUUUAUUUAAGCUAUGGACAUUGAUCGACAUGAACUUUAAAAGUCAAAUUCAAAAUAUAUUAAAUAAUAUAAGAAACUUAAGUUGGAUGGACAAAAUUACUCAGAAAGCAACAAACUCAAAGGAAGUUGAUGAGAAAUAUUACAAGACUAACAACGAUCAAAGGAUCAUUAAAAUCAUUUGUCAUAAAAAUGAAGGUCACUAUUUCAAAAUAAUGGCUAAGGAAGCUAGUAAUAAUUUUUGGAAGAAGAAAAUGUUGCUUGACUUUUGUCAAUUUCAAAAUACUAUCAUCAGCUCAGAAGAAGACUGCUGGAGGUUACAAACAAGUAUAAUGCAUCCUUUGACAUGGAUUUAAAUAAAGAAGUACUGCAAAAAAUUAUGAAUAUUGUGAA